GAUCACGAGAUUGCAUUUUGACACGCUGCUGCCAUGUAUUACCUGUACAUCCUCUCUGUACUGGGCCUUUCAGCGACAGGGCUUCGACUUGAAGCCUGGCAAGUGGCCAGCACAAAUGGCGAGAAUGAAUCGUCGACAUUGCUGACCAAGCCAGACGAGAUUGCCAUUCCUUCUCAGGAGGAGAUGGACGCGAUCUUGGCCGAGAUAUUUGAAGAAGUGGAGUCCGCUGAGAAAGCGGAUUUCGAGUUUGCGUGGGAAGAGGCGGAAAAUUCGACGACCAAUCAUACAGUGGACGGCUCUGAGAUCACACCUGAGAUGGUGGACCAGAUUCUCGCAGAGAUCGACAAGGACGACGACAUUGGGCUGGAAGUGGACUGGGACUGGGAGGAGGAUGGAGAACAGAACGAUACCGCAUGCACGUUCUCAACGGUUGCCACCUCGUUGCCUGAGUGGCUGGCGGACUUGAGGAAUUUCGACCAUUCGUCUUGCAAGGACUUUGGCCCUCGCUUCGGUGCGUGGGGCAAGUCCGCUUGUGGAAGCCUGCCCAGCAUCAUUUCAGACGUCCUGGCAGAAAGCAAGGAGGCUUCUGGUGGCAAAAGUGGCACCAAGCCACUGGUGUCUUCAAGAUACGUCGUGAAACUCAUGGACGAGAUUGAGCACAACAUGCUUAACAAGCUGUUGCGAGAAUUGAGGGGCUCCAGGCGACUAACGCUGCUUGCGCCAACCUGCCGCAGCCUCGCCUUUCAGGUGGGCUCAACUACCCACUACGUGCAGAUCGCAGCCAACCUGGCAAUGCGUGGAGCGCAAGAAGAGCUCUACUCCAGGAUUUUCGACCUGAAAGGCAACCACCUCUGGAAAUACCGAAAGGCUGAUUCGAAAAAUGACUUUGUGAUGAAAGAUGUGGACUUCAAGGCCACAUUUCCAAAGGGCAUCAACAUAUCGCAGGUGAUGCUGCCAGGCAAGCACCUGUCACAGGAUAGUUACGUAGGUGAGGAGGCUGCUGACUUCUUUGCAAGGACACUCUACACGGACGGCAAGCUUCUGGCUCGUUUGGGAUUGAUGGACUACUCUCUGCUGGUUCACGUGACUUCCGUCACGGGCCGAUCAGGCUUGACAGCACUCAACACAGACAAGCCGACGGCCUACGCUGUAAUAAGGACUGGUGGGGAGGAUGAGCUGUUUCUGCUUUCCUUUGGAAUCAUCGACUUGCUCAUGCACGAGUCAGAAAACCGUGGCUUCAUGAACAAGUUGGCCUUUACAAUGACUUUGUCCGAGUGCCGGGUGACAGAGCUUGAUCCCAUUCCAGCAUUUCCUUAUUGGAUCAGAUUCUGCCGGAUGUUUGGGAUGCGGAUGGCGUAUUCGAACUCCAAGGGCACGUGCACCUCCUGCCUGCACGAGCGCCGGUCGCAGAGCUACACCUACUUUCCAUCAGCUUGGGCUCUGAAGCAUGCGCAGGAACAUCAUUCGUGCAACGCGAGCCGCGGAAGGUAGCAAAAGC